UGCUUAUUCUGCCUCGUUCCCAGAUUAACCUCUUGUUAUCCCACCUAGCAUCUCUUCGGCUCCUCUUUCCGUUGAAGGUGAAAACUGGUAACUUUUCAGAUUUCCUCCAUUGCUAAAGGGGAAAAGUCAGACUAAAGAAAUGGCCGAAGAAGCUGAGAACGAGCUUUUGGAUUACGAAGAGGCGAGUGACAAUGAGGCACCAAAUGAAUCCACGAAUGCAAUUGAGCAAGCCAAAAAAGAAGUCAAAGGAACCUACGUCAGUAUCCACAGUUCAGGAUUCAGAGAUUUUCUGUUGAAGCCAGAACUUCUGAGGGCCAUUGUUGACUGCGGUUUUGAACAUCCAUCUGAAGUUCAGCAUGAGUGUAUUCCACAAGCAAUUCUUGGAAUGGAUAUUGUAUCCCAGGCAAAAAGUGGAAUGGGCAAAACAGCUGUCUUUGUUCUUGCAACUUUGCAGCAAAUUGAACCUGUUGACAAUCAAGUGCUGGUUUUGGUCCUUUGUCAUACAAGAGAACUUGCUUUUCAGAUAAGCAGAGAGUAUGAGCGUUUUUCAAAGUACAUGUCUACGAUCAAAGUUGGGGUUUUCUUUGGUGGAAUAAGCAUAAAGAAGGAUGAACAAGUUCUGAAAACAAACUGCCCCCAUAUUGUAGUUGGAACACCUGGUAGGAUCUUGGCAUUGGCAAAAGACAGAGUUCUGAAUCUCAAGCAUAUAAAGCAUUUUAUCCUUGAUGAAUGUGACAAGAUGCUUGAAGCGUUGGAUAUGCGGAGAGAUGUUCAGGAAAUUUUCAAGAUGACACCACAUGAAAAACAAGUGAUGAUGUUCAGUGCAACACUCAGCAAAGAGAUCAGGCCUGUCUGCAAGAAAUUCAUGCAGGAUCCAAUGGAGGUAUACAUUGAUGAUGAGACCAAGCUAACCUUGCAUGGACUGAGACAACAUUAUUGUAAACUGAGGGAUAAUGAGAAAAACAGAAAGCUCUUUGAUCUUCUUGAUGCUCUAGAGUUCAAUCAGGUGAUAAUAUUUGUUAAAUCAGUUCAGCGGUGUAUGGCUCUAUCUGGGUUACUGACAGAACAGAACUUCCCUGCCAUUUGUAUUCACAGAGCAAUGCCACAGGAAGAAAGACUGUCUCGAUACAAGCAAUUCAAAGAUUUCCAAAAAAGAAUUUUGGUAGCAACUAACCUUUUUGGCAGAGGGAUGGACAUUGAAAGAGUGAACAUUGUCAUUAACUACGAUAUGCCAGAAGAUUCAGAUACAUACCUACACAGGGUUGCAAGAGCUGGUCGUUUUGGAACGAAAGGUUUGGCAAUCUCUUUCGUGUCUGAAGAGAAUGAUGCUAAAGUUCUCAAUGAUGUGCAAGAUCGAUUUGAAGUAAAUGUCAGCCAGCUGCCAGCUGAAAUUGACAUGGCAACGUACAUUGAGGGGUAUGAAGCACAAAGAUAAUUGACCAGUCACUUGAAUGCAUGGACACUUUUGACUUAAAGAUUUUAUCUGUUGUACACUGUAUUAAAGAUGUAUUUUGUAAGCUUUUUAAUUUUUUCUUUAACAUACAA